AUGUGGUCGUUAUUCCAGAAGAAAAAAACCCCGUCCGAAAUCCUUCGCGAACACAAACGAACGUUGGACAAAUCCAUUCGAGAGUUGGAUCGAGAAAGAACGCAGAUGCAAAAUCAGGAGAAAAAAUUGACUCUCGAAAUCAAACGCACGGCGAAAGCGAAUCAACUCGGGGCGGUGAAAGUGAUGGCGAAAGAUUUAGUACGAACGAGACAUUCAAUCACGAAGUUUUACGCGUUAAAAUCGCAGUUACAAGGCGUCUCGUUGCGAAUGCAGACGCUGAAAAGCACGCAAGCGAUGGCGGACGCGAUGCGAGGGGUGACCAAAGCCAUGGGACAGAUGAAUAAAAAAUUGAACUUACCGGCGGUCGCGCAGAUUAUGAAAGAGUUUGAGAAGCAAAACGAAAAGAUGGAGAUGACGACGGAAACCAUGGGAGACGCGUUAGACGACGCGUUCGAACAGGAAGGGGAAGAUGAGGAGAGCGAGGAGUUGGUGAAUGCGGUAUUGGACGAGUUGGGGUGCGCCGUGAACGGGGAUUUGGUGAGCGUUCCGACGAGUAAAGCCGGGGAAGGGAAGAAGGUAGAAGUAGUUCAAGAGGAGAAGAAAGAAGCGGUUUUAGAAGAUGCGGGAAGUAUAGGUGGUGGUGGUGUCGAGAAUAGCAACAACAACGGUGGAAUCGACGACGAUUUACAAGCGAGAUUGGAUAAUCUUCGAAAGACGUGA